CUCCGCCUCCUCCGCCUGAGCUGCUAAACUGCCGGGAUUGCGGGACCACAGUUGGGAAACAUGCUGGACGCGAGCGGCUGGAGCUGGGCGAUGUGGACGUGGGUGCUGCUGCAGCUGCUGCUGCUAGCGGGACCCGGAGGCUGCCUGAGCCGCCAGGACCUCUUCCCCUUCGGCCCUGGGCAGGGGGACCUAGAGCUGGAGGCCGGGGACGACGUGGUGUCCCCCUCCCUGGAAUUGAUCGGAGAAUUGAGCUUCUAUGAUCGUUCCGACAUCACGUCGGUCUAUGUCACCACAAAUGGCAUCAUCGCCAUGAGCGAACCCCCAGCCACAGAAUCCCAACCUGGAACCUUCCCACCCAGCUUCGGCUCAGUAGCACCUUUCCUGGCUGACUUGGACACAACAGGCGGUCUGGGGAAUGUGUAUUAUCGAGAAGACUUAUCCCCCUUCAUUAUUCAGAUGGCAGCAGAGUAUGUUCAGAGAGGCUUCCCAGAGGUCUCUUUCCAGCCCACCAGUGUGGUGGUUGUCACUUGGGAAUCUGUGGCCCCCUAUGGAGGGCCCAGCGGGAGCUUUGCUGAGGAAGGCAAGAGAAACACGUUCCAGGCUGUUCUGGCCUCCUCAAAUUCCAGCUCCUACGCCAUUUUCCUCUAUCCCGAAGAUGGUCUACAGUUCUUUACAACAUUCUCAAAGAAGGAUGAAACCCAAGUACCCGCCGUGGUUGGCUUCAGCAAAGGUCUAGUAGGAUUUCUGUGGAAGAGCAACGGCGCCUAUAACAUAUUUGCCAAUGACAGGGAAUCAAUUGAAAAUUUGGCCAAGAGCAGCAACGCUGGGCACCAGGGUGUGUGGGUGUUUGAGAUUGGAAGUCCUGCUACUGCCAAGGGGGUGGUGCCUGCAGAUGUGAACCUGGACCUGGACGAUGAUGGAGCAGACUAUGAGGAUGAAGAUUAUGACCUAGCAACCUCUCAUCUCGGCCUGGAGGAUGUGGCCACCCCACCCUCUCCCUCCCAUAGUCCAAGAAGGGGAUACCCUGACCCACACAAUGUACCUGGGAUCCUCUCUCCUAGCUACGAGGCUACAGAGAGACCCCAUGGAAUCCCCACUGAGAGGACCAGAUCUUUCGAGCUGCCAGUACAGAGGUUCCCCCAGCAGCACCCUCAGGUCAUUGAUGUGGAUGAAGUAGAGGAAACAGGAGUUGUAUUCAGCUACAACACAGGUUCCCAGCAGACGUGUGCCAACAAUAGACACCAGUGCUCUGUCCAUGCUGAGUGCAGAGACUAUGCUACUGGCUUCUGCUGCAGGUGUGUGGCCAACUACACGGGCAAUGGCAGACAGUGUGUGGCAGAAGGUUCUCCACAGCGGGUCAACGGCAAGGUGAAGGGAAGGAUCUUCGUGGGGAAUAGCCAGGUCCCCGUAGUGUUUGAGAACACUGACCUACACUCCUAUGUGGUGAUGAACCAUGGACGCUCUUACACAGCCAUAAGCACCAUCCCUGAAACUGUCGGGUAUUCUCUGCUUCCCCUGGCACCCAUUGGAGGCAUCAUCGGAUGGAUGUUUGCAGUGGAGCAGGAUGGAUUCAAGAAUGGGUUUAGCAUCACAGGGGGUGAGUUCACCCGACAAGCUGAGGUGACCUUCUUGGAGCACCCAGGCAAGCUGGUCCUGAAGCAGCAGUUCAGUGGUAUUGAUGAACAUGGACACCUGACCAUCAAUACGGAGCUGGAAGGCCGAGUGCCGCAGAUCCCCUAUGGUGCCACCGUGCAUAUUGAGCCCUACACUGAGCUGUACCACUACUCCAGCUCAGUGAUCACUUCCUCCUCCACCCGGGAGUACACAGUGACUGGGCCUGAUCAGGACGGUGCUGCACCCUCACGCACCCACGUUUACCAGUGGCGUCAGACCAUCACCUUCCAGGAGUGUGCCCAUGAUGACUCCAGGCCAUCACUGCCCAGCACCCAGCAGCUCUCUGUGGACAGUGUGUUUGUCCUGUACAACAAGGAGGAGAGGAUCUUACGCUACGCCCUCAGCAACUCCAUUGGGCCUGUGAGGGAUGGCUCCCCUGAUGCCCUUCAGAAUCCAUGCUACAUCGGCACCCAUGGGUGUGACAGCAAUGCAGCCUGUCGCCCUGGCCGUGGAACACAGUUCACCUGCGAAUGUUCCGUUGGCUUCCGAGGAGACGGGCAGACUUGCUAUGAUAUUGACGAAUGUUCAGAGCAGCCUUCCCGCUGUGGGAAUUAUGCAAUCUGCAACAAUCACCCAGGAACCUUCCGUUGUGAGUGCGUGGAGGGCUACCACUUCUCAGACAGGGGAAUAUGUGUGGCUGCUGAUGACCAACGUCCUAUCAACUACUGUGAAACUAGUCUCCACAACUGUGAUAUCCCCCAGCGAGCUCAGUGCAUCUAUAUGGGUGGCUCCUCCUACACCUGCUCCUGUCUGCCUGGCUUCUCUGGGGAUGGCAGAGCCUGCCGAGACGUGGAUGAAUGCCAGCACAGCCAAUGUCACCACGAUGCCUUCUGCUACAACACACCAGGCUCCUUCACAUGUCAGUGCAAACCUGGCUAUCAGGGGGAUGGCUUCCGGUGUAUGCCUGGAGAGGUGAGCAAAACCCGGUGUCAACUGGAACGAGAGCACAUCCUCGGAGCAGCUGGGUCAGCAGAUGCACAGCAUCCCACACUGCAGGGAAUGUAUGUACCCCAGUGUGAUGAAUAUGGGCACUAUGUACCCACCCAGUGCCACCACAGCACUGGCUACUGCUGGUGUGUGGACCGAGAUGGUCGGGAGCUGGAGGGUACCCGUACCCCACCUGGGAUGAGGCCCCCAUGUCUGAGUACAGUGGCUCCUCCUAUUCACCAGGGACCAGUAGUGCCUACAGCCGUCAUCCCCCUACCUCCAGGGACACACUUACUCUUUGCCCAGACUGGGAAGAUUGAACGCCUGCCCCUGGAGAGAAACACCAUGAAGAAGACAGAAGCCAAAGCUUUUCUCCAUAUUCCUGCAAAAGUCAUCAUUGGACUGGCCUUUGACUGCGUGGACAAGGUGGUUUACUGGACAGACAUCAGCGAGCCUUCCAUUGGGAGAGCCAGCCUACAUGGUGGAGAGCCAACCACCAUCAUUCGACAAGAUCUUGGAAGUCCUGAAGGCAUUGCCCUUGACCAUCUUGGCAGAACCAUCUUCUGGACAGACUCUCACCUGGAUCGAAUAGAAGUUGCAAGGAUGGACGGCAGCCAGCGCCGAGUGCUGUUUGACACGGGUUUGGUGAAUCCCAGAGGCAUUGUGACAGACUCUGUAAGAGGGAACCUUUAUUGGACAGAUUGGAACAGAGAUAAUCCCAAAAUCGAGACUUCUCACAUGGAUGGCACGAACCGGAGGAUUCUCGCACAGGACAACCUGGGCUUGCCCAAUGGUCUGACCUUUGAUGCCUUCUCGUCUCAGCUCUGCUGGGUGGAUGCAGGCACCCAUAGGGCAGAAUGCCUGAACCCAGCUCAGCCAGGCAGACGCAAGGUUCUCGAAGGGCUCCAGUAUCCUUUCGCUGUGACGAGCUAUGGGAAGAAUUUGUACUACACAGACUGGAAGACGAAUUCAGUGAUUGCCAUGGACCUUGCUAUAUCCAAAGAGAUGGAUACCUUCCACCCACAUAAGCAGACCCGGCUGUAUGGCAUCACCAUUGCCCUAUCCCAGUGUCCCCAAGGCCAUAAUUACUGCUCAGUGAAUAAUGGUGGCUGUACCCACCUCUGCUUGCCCACUCCAGGGAGCAGGACCUGCCGAUGUCCUGACAACACCCUGGGAGUUGACUGCAUUGAACAGAAAUGAAGUCAAGAAUUCCAUGCUUCCUCUCCAAGUAUUUCACAGUAAUGCCCAACUUGAAGUGACUUGAUCCAGACUGAAAGGUGUCCUGCAGUGGCGUGACCACUAGGCCCAGAUCUAGCCUAGCCUGAGCCCUCACAACCUCCCCUUAACCUUCCCUAAAACAGUUACCCUUAGCUCAGUAAUGGGAAAAUCUCUACCCCAACAUAAGGGCAGGACACACACACACACACACACACACACACACACACACACAUACACACACAUCGUGAUCUCAGUUUUUAGACAAGAUUACAGAGUUCUGAAUAAAAAGCCAAGGGGGGUGGUCCAUGCCUACAGCACUUGGGAGGUAGAGGCAGGAGGAUCAGGAGUUCAAGGCCAAUCUGUCUUGUAUGUGUAGCAGGGUUUAGGGACAGCCUGAGUUACAUGAGACCCUUCUUCAAAAAUAAAAAUUCAGGGUAGAAGUUAUGUGUCCAUUCUAGAGCCAUAGGACCUUUUCCUAAUCCUAGACUCCCCCAUGGUAGGCAGACCCUCAUAGACCAAAGGAGGCUACUUCUCUGUGGCAUUACAAGCUCAGCUAUUACCCAGUUUUUUAACUUAGGCGAUCCAAAUCCAGCUUAGGCGAGGUAAUGAGUCUUACUAUUUCUCUUGGUACUCAAAUCUCUGCCUUUAUACUCCCAUCUGACUGCUCUCCUGUUGUACACCUUCAUCCUGCCCAAGACUCUGCUUUUAGUGCCUUCUCUGCCAUAUGAUCAAAGCCCAACAAUAUCCUAGGGAUUCAUGGUAUUUGGUGGAUGGUAAAAAGCAACUCCUCCCAAAUUAAGAAGACUUGACAUUUCAACAGUGGCCACUAAUAAUCAGGUAGAGAAGUCAAGCAAAUGUCCUGUGAGAGGAAUUUGAAGAUGUAGAAUCAAGAUGUUUGAAGAUAGGGGAUUAUUAUCUUCAUAUGCCUUGAAUUAUAGCAAAUUCUUCCUCUUUGCCAAAGUACCUGUAUUAGAUCUGGUCUAUGAUACCAUGGGAAUCUUCAGCCCACUCCUGGUGCCAGUUUCCAAGUCUUCUCAUGGAGAGUCAUCUGGAGCCCAGGCUGGGGUAGGACUGGACAAAGUAGUAGCCAGUCAUAGUCCCUCACCUUUAGAAUUGUAUCUUUGUCUCUCCCUCUCUCUGUAGCUUUCUGACUAGAUCCUCUUCUGAAGACACAAUCUAGGAAGAUCUAACUGGGUAUUUCUACUAGUGGUUCAGAUUCUUAUUUGAUCGUCAGUAUAGUUUGAAGGACUGUUGCUGCCUUCCAUGUUUCUGUCUGUGAUUUGUUUCAAAAAUAUCCCUGACCAGAUGCAUAGCUACUCUCUCUCUCCUGUCUAUCUAUCUAUCUAUCUAUCUAUCUAUCUAUCAUCUAUCUAUCUAUCUAUCUAUCAUCUAUCAUUUAUCUCUAUCUCUUUUUUUCAACUGCUUCCUAGAUACUUAAAGCAUUAGAAAUUUUGGAUUGAAAGUCAAGCAUCAGAAGUUCAGUUUGCACGGUGUAGGGUAAGGGCAAGACUCAGUUGGAACUAUCACAAAGUGGUGGAUAAGGAUGGAGAACAAGAAUGGAAAACCCAAGAAGGAACAACAGGAGAGAGACUUAAAGGCAGCUAAAACUAAAACCCUUAAAUAACUUCAGAGAAAAAUGGCACAUUUUCCAAAAGAAUGCAUACCCUUGAAGACAUAAAGGAACUUGCCUGAUGUUUUUCUUGGGGAACAGAGCCCCCUACCUCCUUUUCUUCUAGCUUCACCAUACUUAGCCCCCAACCCUAUCUCCUCCCUGCACCUCGACCUGCUUACAUUGGACUGGGAAUCUAAACUGGGAGGGAGUCGUUACUUAAAUAAUUAGAAUUUAAAUCACAAGAUUUAGGAAAGGUGUGACUCUUUUAUGCAACCUCAUGAAGUACCCUCAGUUUUUUGUUUUCUGUUUUUUUUUUUUUGUCAUGUUCCUCAUGAUAUGCAUCUCUUAUGACUUUUAUUCAUUUUACUAGAUUCCUUGUAAAAUGUUUUACAUGGUAAAUUCUUAAGCUGUGGAAACCACUGAAGGUGCUUACUAAUGGUUCUCCAGAUGUAGUCAAGUAUUGGAUGACUCCUCGAGUUUACAGCUGUACAAAUAUCAGUGCAGAAAAAUAAUUAAAAACAACUGUUAAAAAUAAAAUCUUAUUUUGAUGUG